GCAAGUGCAAAGCUGUUCUGCUUCUCUAAAGCAAUCAAGCACUACCUCAUUUACAGACGGAGGAAGUGAAAGAGUUUGACAUGAAGCAGAUCAUAUCAUAAACAAAAGCAACGACUUUUCAACUAGUUUCUGAAAAUUCAAAUGAGAUAUGUCAGAUGCCAAAACUAGCGGCAGCAUUCCCAGAGAGCUGCACUUUGUUAGCUGGUUAGUUAACUCUGAUUUAAAUGAGAAUCACUCUGACAGCACUAAUGAUGAUAUUGAUGAAAGUGGACUGAAGGAGUGUGAAUGUGAUCCUCCAGUUAGUGACUGGGACUCCUGCCUCCUCGACCCUGAGGAACAGUACCACCUGCCCAAGAGCAGUCCUGUCAUAUCCCGCAAGAGGCUUAACAUAGAGCUAGAGACAGAAAAACAGUCAUCUCCCACUGGAAUGUCUUUGACACCUCCAGUCCACAAUAGAUUGGAACUAUCUACCUCUCCAUCAACAACAGUGAACAACAAUUCAAAUCUACAUACACUGGAACAGCUGAAUAACUCUGAUAAACGGGAAGAACUUUCAGUUGUACCAAACAAAGCUUCAGUAUCUGUGCCAGAUAUAAACAAAGAUGCAUCCUCUCUUCCAGGUUGCCUUGAUCACUGCAAUUUGCCCAUGGGGUCUAUAGGACAGACAAAGUUUCACACAUAUCAUUGUGGUACAGGUUUCAUUUCACCUUUUUCUCAAGAGUCUCAGCUUCCCAGUCACUCUACUGGUAGGCUCAGCUUUGAGUCUGUUUCUAGAAGAUUGAGGGUCUCACAAAAUAAGGGCCUCCAGCCAGGACCUAAAAGAAGAGCCUUUUCUGACAUUACAUCAGUGUCUGGUCAGAGGAGCUCAGGCCAAGCUAAGAAAUGUGGGUCGUUUGUUGAUGUACACUCCACUGAAGACCUCUACAGGAGCAGUUUGGACUUAGACCAGGAGAAUGCUCAUUUUGUAGUUGUGGAUAUGGUGCUGGAAGUGCUCGAGACUGUGAAAUGGGUUGUGUGUCUGCGACAGUUAAACUGCACAAAUCCUUAUCAAGAUGGAUAUAAAACACACAACACCACAAAAACAGACUCAAUCUCCUCCUUUGACAGCAGGUUUGAGGACGACAGCACCCCAAACAGACAUUCUUUGGCUUCUUUUGAGAGUCCUCUCCAGAGCUCCAGAAUGCCGUGCUCUGCAGAACAUUUAGCCCAUCAUUUGGUGUCAGAGUUCAGGAAGCAGUGGUUCCCCUCUGAGCAACUGCAUAACCCUGACAACCUCACCUCAGCUCUGCAGGAAGUCUCUGUCCCCAUGAUGUCAGGGGACAUGAUCAGUCUAACUGAAGAGAUCAGGCAGAAGAGCAGGAUGAGAGGAACAUUAACCUGGGCUCCGCCCAGAUUUCAAAUCAUCUUCUGUGUUCAACCAACACACAGACGCAGUGAUGUCAUUGCUUCCCAGCACUUCCUGUGUGCAGGCUGUGGCACUGAAGUAAACCCCAGGUAUAUAAAGAAAUUGCAGUAUUGUGACUACCUGGGUAGAUACUUUUGUGAUGGUUGCCAUGGUGGUGGUGAAUCAGUGAUUCCAGCUCGGGUUCUGAGUAACUGGGAUUUUGCACGGUAUCCGGUCUGCCAUUUCUCCAGGCAGUUACUGGACUCCAUAUGGCAGCAACCGCUCUUCAAAAUCACAAGUUUGGCAAAGAACCUAUAUAACCAGGCCAAAGAGCUACAGCGUUUCAGGGAACUACAGGAGCAACUAAUAUCCAUCAAAAAGCUUCUGAGCACAUGUAGACUAUCAGCUGGAGUCUGUGCUGAGUUUGAACAACUUCCUUCUCACGUGAUGGGGGAACUCCACCUCUUCUCCAUGGAUGACCUCAUAAGGGUGAAAAAGGGUCAGCUCUGUAUCACGGCAAGAGCCUUAAUGCAGUCUGCAACUGCUCACAUAGACAAUUGUGAGCUGUGUCAGGCAAAAGGUUUUAUCUGUGAGUUCUGUCACGGGAAGGAAGUGCUUUUCCCUUUUCAGAGAUACACCUGUACCUGCUGCCAAGAUUGCAAAGCCUGUUUCCACAUCUCAUGUUUCCGCAAUGAAGCAUGUCCCAAAUGCACCCGACUACUGAAAAGAAAGAAGCUCCAGGAAGCCACAAAUUCAUAAAAUCUUUGUACUUUGCUGCAUUUUAAAAGUGGACACUUUCAGGUGUUCAUAGCCCUUGAAGAGUUGAAUUGUUUAUGUAUACGUUAAUGUGUUAUAUUUUUGUAAUUUUGUAUAGCACAGAUAAAAGACAUUUUCAUAUUUGUAAUCAGAGCUCUUGAUGACUCUGUACAACAUUUUCCUCUAAGAAGUAUUACCCAGUAAGAAGAGAAGAGACAUGGCAUUUUGCUGGUUAGGUUACAUAUGAUGUGGCAGUGUUAAUUUUUCCAUGUGUCUGAAAAUGUUACCAUUGUCACAAGAAACAAUGAAUUUUGGUCUUAAAAUGUUA